AUGGAACGAAUGGUGGCCAACAGAUUGAAAUGGUUUCUUGACAGGUUUAAUUUCAUUCACGAAACACAAUCUGGUUUCAGGUCGAAUAGAUCAACAUUGGACAAUAUUAUUAGUCUGCACGAUGAUAUAUACAAGGCUCUUUCAAGCAAGCGUCACGUUAUUGCAGUUUUCAUUGAUAUUGAAAAAGCAUACGAUAUGUCACCUCCUUGGGAAAUGGAACUUCCAAAUAUUGAUGUGUCGCUCGCGAAUAUUAUAUCGAAAACAGAUCCGUUACCUAUAAGUAAACUAAUAUGUGAUGGAUAUAUUACUGAGAAUUACAGUCAAUACUUGUUAAUUUAUAUGGACGGAUCAAAGACGGAUACAGGAUGUGGUUCAUCAUUUUGUAUUUUAAAGAGCCAAAAUAUUUUCGUAGAUUUCGUGUGGAUCCCAGGACAUGUUGGAAUUGCUGGCAACGAAAGAGCAGACAAACUAGCAAAAGAAGCAACAAUGGACGGAAGUAUUUUAACGUCUGUCAUCAAUUUCUCGAAAAACGAAGCAAAGUCAAUGCGAAAAAUUGAGAAAGCAGUUGCAAGAAAAGAAAGUAACUUGCACGGGAAAGAGUGCGAUCACACGAAGAAAAAAGAUUUAUCUCCUACGAACUCAAUUGAUAUCACGACGAUGACAACGUUGGGUUCUGCUGGACGAAUCAACGGUCUUAUACGUAAGAAUGGAUUCCAUGUGAAGUCUUCAUACACAGAAUAUCGAAGUUACUCUACGAGCAUAGUUGUCGAUGAUCAUGAUGCCUCAGUUUUUACCGAAAGUGAUCAACGAUCAGUUGACAGUAGACGAAGAUCAACACCAGGAAUUUUUACUGACUGGAAAAGCGACAAUGAAACUUCUGAAAAUGGAUACGACAUAUUUCAAGAUGAUAUCGAUGAACUACAGGUUUCUGAUAAGAAUGACGAACAUUUUGGAAGUCAUGGGGACGAUAUAACAAAAACAGUGUGUGGUGGAGACGUCAACUCUAAACCAUUUCCGCCCAAAAGAAAGGUGAAAAUUUACGUAUUAGCUGACGAAAGUACAAAAACGGAACGGCAAGUACUUCUCACAAAAAUCUUUUCUCGCUUUUCUAACAAUGUUCGAGGCAAUGGUUUUACUUUUGAGAUAGUUGAUUUAUGCGAGGAAUCGAAGAGAGUGCGUACAGUUGCUGGCAAAAAUCUUCGUAGUUAUCACAUUGAAGAUGCACACAUUGCCAGCGCUGGCACGGCGUUCAUAAUAUUUCUUUCCAGCGAUUUGAAUGAAAGCCUCAAAACUCCUGUUGAGAUUCCACAAGACGUAAUGAGAAAACUGUUUGGACUAAUUCGACUUGAAAUUCUUGCUUGCGAAGCAGCAAUUCAUAUUUCAACGGCCGAAGAUGGUGAUCCUGAGGAAAUAACUAAUGAUGAUGAAAGUGUAACUGAAAAUGAAACGCCAAAGAAAGUACGCUUUGUUGAUGACGAGAUUACGACUUUGCCGCCAAAGAAAAAUCUAAUCAAAUCAUUGCAAAAAAGAAUCCAAAAAUGCCAUAAAUUCCGUCGGAUGAUCAAUCACCAUUAUGAGUUGGAUAUGAAUUCCGUGCCACCUACUUACGUCUUGACACAACACAGUUCAAGAAAUUCUGUCGAAACAAAUUCGUAUUUCACCGAAUAUCUGCUGAAGUAUUUUCGUCGAUUGCAACACGAUCCUGAUAUAGGCUCAUGGAUAAAGCAAGCCUUUGAAAUCGAACUGUUGAGUGAGAUUACUGCAGCAUUGAAAUCAUCUAAGAAUCCAAGCUCGAAUUGUUUGUGUUUCUUGCGUAACGAGAUAAACGAUUCUGGAAUCUCAAGGGCGUCUGAAAAUAUCAACAACUUGAAGACCGAACUUAGAGCCAAGCUGGGGUACACCAACGUUCGACAAUAUAAAAUAUCCAGCACAGAAAUGAAGAAAUUUCAUCAAGGCAGACCAACGAAACUUAUUGAUGGAAACAAUACUUAUCUUGAAAAGUUAGAGUUUGAUCUUUAUAACGCGAUAUAUCUGCAAAUGAAAAGGAACAGUGAACUGAUUCACGGAAAAUCAUUAUCCGUGCAAAGCGAAAUUGACAAUGAUGGUUAUACUAAUGCCAUUGCUAUUGAGCAUGUGAAGUUUUUGCAAGAAAACUGCAAACAUUUUGUUGGAAGAGAAAAAAUUCUUCAAGAAAUGAGAAAAUACGUUAUUUCAGAAUAUGAAAGGGUUCCACUGGCAAUUUGUGGAGAAAGCGGAUGCGGAUUGUCCUCAAUAAUGAGUAUGGCAGCUUCGGGCACAAAGAAAUGGAUAAAGCAGAGAUCGUUCGUCCCUGAUAUUAGAUACAUAAGACACAACAGAGAGACCAUUGUUAUAUUUAGAAGUGUAGGAGUUACUUCGGAAUCCCGGUCCGUGAAGCAUUUAUUGCAUGACAUAUGUCUUCAGUUACAACACAUCAAUAUCUCUAACACGGAGAAAUUUGUCCUCGGUAGCGUUCAACAAAUGGGAGAAAUCUUCAAGCACGUCUUAGCAUCAGUAAUUGAGGAAGGAUUCAUAGUUGUAAUAUUCAUAGAUAAUUUGAAUGCAGUAUUUGAAGACAAAGAGAAGUUUUCCUUGUCGUGGAUUCCCAAACCAUUGCCAAAAUAUGUGAAAAUUAUUCUUUCCUUUAAUUCAAACCAAUCUUCAAGCCAGACUGAAGAAAAUACUACUGCAAAAGAUAAUAACAUGCUCAAAGCAUACAAUAAUAGGUACAAAAAGAAGGCAAUGACUUUAACAGUUUCUGAAUUGUCGUUUCGAACAACUUUAGCAGCAAUUGACUUGGACGCUCCAACUACCUCAGUAUCAGUAAUGAAUGCGUAUUUGCAACAACAGCAUAGGACGUUGACUAGAAAGCAAAUCUCUCUCAUCUUGCGUACAGCAUGUAUUUGUCCGACACCCUUGAGUCUGAAGUUACUUAUGGAAGCGACAAAGAUGUGGCGAUCCACCACAACGAAUAACAUAUGUGCAGAAACGGUCAAAGGUUGGGGAAGUAAUAUCGGAGAUUUCUGUCAAAAGUUCCUUUCUCUUCUAUCUCGACUUCAUAAUUUAAGUUUUUUUCGUUCUGCGGUUUGUUUUUUAACUUGUUCGAGGAAUGGUUUGACUCACCAAGAAAUUGUAGAUUUGAUAUCCAGAGACGGAAAAGUAUCUAAAGAAAUUCCUGCGAAUUUAGAAAUAUAUAAAGAGGCAGAGAUUGUGCCAUCGAGAAAUCAAACCGCCAAACUGCUUUCAGCAACCGAGAACUUCAAUUUGACUACAGAAAACAGAUGCGAAUCUGUUUUUACAUUAAAUGCAAUGUUAUACAGAGUAUUGAAAGACCUUUAUCCGUUUAUCAUUGAAACAAUCUCAGAUAACGUAUCCACAAUAAAAUGGCGGCACAAGAUUUUUGAGAAGCAAGUCAGAGACGUAUUCAUGGCAACAACAGAAGAAUUGAUCUAUUAUCAUCAAACCAUGUUGUCCUAUUUCUCCAACAAACCUUUCACUUGUGAGUGUGGACUUAUACAUGAAUGUGGUCAACCAUUAAAAUGGAGGAUAUCAUGCAGAACAACUUUGAACGCGCGACGCACGAGCGAAUCCAUGCAUCACGCCCUUGCAUGUGGCAAUUAUGAUGUCAUAAAGAAAGAGAUGCUAUUUGAUAUGGAUUGGCUUCAAGCUAAACUAGAAGCGACAUCAAUAGAGACAUUGAUGGAUGAAAUGUAUCGUGUUCUCAAAGCGAUUCCAAGAGACAACGAUGUUAGGUUGCUGGCGGAAGCUUUAUUUCUCUCACAUGAUGUUCUCAGUCAUGAUCCAAAACAACUUCCAUCUCAACUUCUAGGUCGUUUGCAUGACGUUAUUGAAAAAGACAUUCCGUCGGCACCAGAAGAUCCAAGAAGAUAUCCAUAUACAAGAAUACUGCUUGCACAAUUUCGUCGUCGGCACUUUGGUUUCUUGAUGCCAACAAAGACUUGUUUAACUUCAGGAAAACAAAUUAUAUAUGACGCUCUCUAUGGACAUGAUGAUGUUAUUACGGCAAUUACAUCAUGUACGGAUGGUCAGAGAGUAGUUACCGCGUCGAAAGAUUCAACCAUUAAAAUAUGGGAUGUUAUUGAACGUCGUGUAUUACGAACGAUUGAGAAUGCAGGAAAAGACAUCAGUUCCAUGUGUGUAUGUAUGGGAAAUUACUAUGUUGCGACGAUUCAUAAACAAAAUCAGGUCAACGUUUGGAGUCUGUUGAAAUGCUCAAAGGUUCUCACAGUAAAAGAAUAUGCUCAAGAUGAGAAAAUUUCUCUAACUGUAGUGUCAGAAGGCCAACUGCUUGCAAUUGUAUCGAAAUCAUUGACAAAUGUUAGAGCAUGGGAUUUAGAUAAGUUGGAUUUUUAUAAAGAAAUCAAUAUAUUACCGGAGAAAGGAAGAUGUCCAGACCUAUCAGUAGCAAGGAAUAGUAGAGGAAACAAUGCUUUCAUUGGAUACAAAGGACAGUCUGAAGCUGUCGUCGUCAACGUAAAGCGAGGAAAAAUAAUUAGAACUUUAACUUGUGAGAAAGGAAAAAUAACGCAAGUUGAGACUUCACGAGAGUACUACAUCAUUGGUUGUCGACAACGUCGGAUGGAAGUUCACGAAAUUAGUUAUUUCUACUUAUUUGAUAGCAUUAACUACGGCCUGAUCAGUGUUCUGAGAUCAUGCGCUGACGACGUGAUAUUCGACUUUUUCGUUAAUCGACUUGGUUCACAUCUUAUUGGGUUGUGUAUGAAUCAACACGGCACCGAAGAACUAGUCGUAUGGAGUACUAAUGGUGAUGCACACAGACACAUGGUACGAAGUAGAGAAAGAUAUCUGGGAGGAACCUGCACUGACUUACAAUACUGCAUGACUGCGAGCGAAACAGAAAGUGUGAUUCGGAUUCAUAAUCUAGCAGCUGAAAUAAGCAAGCAUGACCACAGCAGAACACAGGUUAGGAAAAAAGUUGAUGGCAUCGGUCGUGUAUUUAAUAUGCCUCAACAUGAGAAGUAUGUGGUGGCUCAGGGCACUGGUGGUAGCCCUAUUACAAUCUGGAACGUUGCCAGAAGUCGAUGUCGUGGCGAAGCUGUCAUUAUAGAAAGAGGAUUAUUGGACAAAAAUGAUGUUGUUGUGGUUAAAGAUAUUAUUGUGGUCAUAUUAUCAGACCGAGGAAUGGUUACAAUCAACGAAAGAUCACAACAGGUGUUUGAAACGAUCUACGUUUACAACUUAUUACUGAGAAAAUACGAGCGGAAGUUGCAUCCAGUUCGUAUAAAUAUGUGCCCACCUGAUCAUUAUCACGUGAUCGAUAACGAUAAACUCAUUGCAACAUCGAUGGAUAGAAUCAGUUUUGUUGUCUGGAGUAUUAUCACGGGAAAUAUAUUAUACCAAAUUCAUUCAAACUUUCCAGCUUAUGAAGUGAAAGAUAAAACUAAGAAAAAGCGACCAAUAAAACGAAGUCGACGUAUUGGGCAGUUUUCAGAAAAAGCGAAUAUAGAAGAACAAGCUAAUAAAAAACGGACGACAUGGAAAAAAUGUAAAGUUAGUGAGAAAGAUAAACAGCGAACAAUUUUUGAAAUGAUUGUCAGUGAAGAUGACAGAACACUUAUAUGUUCUUACUAUUCACGACAUCUAGCGGUGUUUGAUUUGGAGACCCAAACACAUCGACAUACACUCACGGACAAACAUUCACUUCUUCAACUACAUAAAUCUGUCGUUACACCGGAUGGUUGUUUCUUGUUGAGUUUAAACUACGAUGACGCGGCUCAUUCAAGCUAUAUAACAUUGUGGGAUUUGAAGGAAGGAUGCGUAUCAAGAAGGAGGCGGGAUGAACCAAAAGUCUGUUCGAUGGCCAUGACAAAAGAUGCAUCAAGAAUCGUGUUUGUUACGGAAGAUAAUUUUAUCAAAAUAUGGGACCCGUUAAGAAGACACAGUCAUCGAAGUAUCGCUGGUUAUCCUCGGUUGGAUGUUACUUCCUCAGAGAGUGAUGACUCACAAUCAACUACUAUCUUUGCUAUAUCUGGAGGAAAACGAGCGAUAUUAUUUGCAAACUCAAUUUCUGUUUGGGAUUUGGAAAAAGAAUCGUUAUUGAUGGUAUUUGAGCCAGAUGUUAAGUUUCAGUGUUGUACAGUAGCUCUCCGAGGACAAGUGAUUGUAGUCGGAAUGCGAGAUUCAGCGAACAUAACAACACUUCGUCUACCACCCUCACCAGAGCAUGACGAAAUUAACUUGAAUGAAAAGGAUAGAUUCGGUGAAGGAUCGGAAUCAAGCGACGAUAGUACAGAAGACGAACAAAAAGGGGAUGGGCUUGAGUUCAUGAGCUUCACUCGUCGAAAUGCAGUAGCCUAGUUUCGAAUACGCGAUAUACAUAAACAUCUUUAUGCAAUUCAAUUGUAGUGAAUUCCAACAGUUUAACAAUAUAGGCAUAUAUAUAUAUAUAUAUGUAUUUAUAUUGAAUAAAACUUUGUAAUAUACU